UGCCGCGGAACUGCGCGCAAGAUCUGCGCUCAGCGCUUCGGAUCAACACCUCUUUUCGGCAACGUUUCUCUAGUAUGUCGUCUCAUCUGGAUCACAUGCCCAGUAGGGAGAGUUAGUAGACAAAAUGCCUGUUAUGGCGUAUGUAGGUAUAUGCCAGGAUGUUACAUGAUUUAUUUGCAGAUAUAAUGGAAAUUUGCUAUUUCCAUUUGUGCUGAAGCAGACAAUAGAUAUUCCUAGCACUGUGGAUGUGGACGUGGCAACCUUAAUGGAUGGAGAGAUAUACAUGUUUGCAGUGAAUGGAGAUUUUGAUCAGAGUAUCCAAGUGUACAAGCUUGGUGGUACAUCGUACUUCCUCCCAAAUAUGCAGCUGAGUGUCAACUACAAGUGUGUGGGAGUGUCUGUAUUCACGAUCUCAGACGUGGCUAGCUUCAUCACCGUGGCAGUAGACGGAGACUUCAACGAUAACAUCUUCGUUACUGGGAGCUCGGACUUUCUCAAGGUUGAAACUAAAGGCAAGCCUAUACCGUCUACUUCAUGCGAUGCUCGCAAUCUUCUCGAGGAACUCGAUGUCCUACUGCUCAACAACGGAUUUUAGUAUUAUUGAUUUUGUGAUAAAAUUUUAGUACUUACCAGUUAUUUAUAUGUUUAGUAUUUAAGUCUAUGGUAACUACAAAU